AUGCAAAUCCACACUCGAAUCAGCGACACCAGCUGUUCUGUGGUGUCGCCACCUUGCAGCAGACAUGGUGCAGACCGGGACUCUGACAGCAUGAAUUCAAAUGACAAGUCCAGCUGUUCUCAGCAAACCCAGUUCAAUCUGGUCCAAGUGAAGGGAACAUGGACUCGACAGGCGGAGCCGGGCCAGCUGGCAGGGGCCACACUGUCAGAGGCUAAAAUCUUUGAGGCUCACUCCGAGCAUGGAGUCUCCUGGACGGUGGUCAGCCCCGUCGUGUUCACAUACCGGGUCAUUCAGUGCAGAAACCUGCUGGAUCCCAGAAACGACACUCUGCUCUGGGGUCACGUAGCAGACGAAGACCUUAAGAGCGUCAUGAGUCGCUCAGCAGACGUGAAGCGUUUGGUCGUCAUGGACGAGACCGUGUUCCGGCUGUACGGCGCCCAGGUGACUCACUACUUUGAAAGCAGAGGAGUCGUUUACAAGCUCCUCCCUCUGCCCACCACGGAGGAGAACAAGAGUCUGGGGCUGGUCACCAAAAUCUUGGAGGAGGUUCACCAGUUUGGGCUUGACCGGCGCUCUGAGCCCAUCAUCGCCAUUGGGGGCGGGGUGUGUCUGGACGUGGUGGGCCUGGCAGCGUCCCUGUACCGCCGCAGGACGCCGUACAUCCGGGUGCCCACCACCCUGCUGGCGUACGUCGACGCCAGCGUGGGGGCGAAGACCGGGGUCAACUUCGCCGGAGGGAAAAACAAGCUGGGGAGCUACGUCCCGCCCGUGGCGACGUUUCUAGAUCGCUCCUUCUUCCAAACCGUCCCACCGCGACAGAUCUCCAACGGGAUGGCGGAGAUGCUGAAGAUGGCUCUGAUGAAGCAUCGCGGUCUCUUCGAGCUGCUGGAGUCCGAAGGCGGGAAGCUGCUGCAAUCCAAGCUGCAGUCAGAUGAGACCGCCGACACGUCUGAACGCGAAGACGGCGCCGCAGCGUCCGUCCGCAUGGCGAUCGAGACCAUGCUGGAGGAGCUGGCCCCCAACCUGUGGGAGGACGAUCUGGACCGGCUGGUGGACUUCGGGCACCUCAUCAGCCCCGAGCUGGAGAUGAGGGUUUUGCCGGCGCUGCUUCACGGGGAGGCGGUGAACAUCGACAUGUGCCUCAUGGUCUACGUGGCCCAGCAGAAGGGGCUCCUGACGGCGGAGGAGAAGGGCCGCAUCGUGCAGUGCAUGCUGGGCCUGCGGCUGCCCGUGUGGCACGAGGCGUGCACGCUGGCCCUCGUGCGCAGGGCCCUCGGGGAGCGCCUGAGGCACUCGGCCGGCUCCGUCAGGAUGCCCCUCCCCACGGGACUGGGGCGAGCAGAAAUCUUCCACGACAUGAUUGAGGAUGAUAUUCUCACGCAGGCGUUCCAGAACUGGACUGAUGAGCUUUCAUCUGCAGGGAACAAAUGA